AUGGCUGCCCUGAGCGCAGACCUGGCAGACCUCGAGAUAUCACCACGAUCCAUCUCGGUCGCCUCCACUACCUCACACGGCUCGGCAACCACCCACGCCUCCCUCGGCAGCGACUCGUCCGGCUCCAGCCGUCACUCAUCCGCGAGCUUCCUCGCCGCCGCUAGAAAUCCUAUCCACCUGGCUCCCACGAGCAAUGUGCGGCACUCGACUGGAAACUAUGGAGACAAACCGGUACCGAGGAGGAGAGGUUACAUGAGGCCGACGGGCACAGAUUUCGCCGCCUCGGCGAGGAGCAGGGAGAGUGUCAUGAGCCUAGGCAGCAUCACACACCUGCAGUACUACUUUGCCAGAACGGGACUGCUGGACGGGAAAGGUGCACAGCUGGCUCGGAAGACCAGGAUGCAGAAGGCCCAGACUCUGGACUUUAGCAGCUUGGGCUCGUUUGAUUUCGCCUCGGCCUCUGGCAACGCACCCAAGAUCGUGACCACAUCAGACAACGACUCUGCCUACGGAGCUAGCCCUGAUACAGGCGGAUUUGGAGGCAUGACGGACAGCCCAGUGGCCGAGGAACCGGAUGAGGACCAAUUCGACUACGACGAGUGGGACGAGCCGGACCCCAACAUGCUCCCGCCCACGGCGAGCACAUACAAGCACUCUGAGAAGCCCAUAGCGAAGCCGCCGUCCAUCAGACAGCUCAAGGCCGAUCUCAGGACCGCCCUGACCAUGGCCCGCGAGGCCGUCGACUAUGCGAAAAACAACAGGGUGAACCCCUACGAGGGAGGGGCGGCACGUGCUCGGCAGGAUUCCAUCGUCUCGGUGACCUCCCUGACGGAGUCGCCCACGCCUCCCUCACACGCCCGACAGCUGUCCAGGGCCACCAUCUCGGCGCCAGGCUGGUUCGAGGUCCAGGGCAUGCACGUCCUCGACGUCAUGACCCUGGCCAUCCGCGCGGCCAAGGUCUACUACACGUCUCACGACGCGCCGGACCGGCUGGACUCCAUCAAGCCGGAAAAGGAGCUCCGCAAGGAGCUGUUCAACGUCAUGGAGAUGCUGAAGCGCAUGGCGACCCGGGACUUCCAGGGCGGCAUGCGCGACGACGAGGUGCAGAUUAUGGAAGAGUGGAUCGCGGGGCUCUUCAAGAUGCUCAAGGACGAAGAGGAAAUCGAGAUGGCCGAGGCCGAGGAGCGGGCGUCCUGGGGAUGGCUCAACGAUGCGGACUGGCCGGCCGGCACUGAGGUGCAGCGCGAGUACGCCUUCAUCGUCAGCAUGCUCGAUGGGGCCGAGAACACGACCAAGGCGCCCGCGCCCGACGGCAGCACGAUGCAGGUGCCCGCCCUCCCCAGCUGGACGCCCAUCGACCGGUCCAGGCCUCUCGAGGGACAGGACCUCCCGACGCCCUUCCUCGCGUCCCUGCAGAAUGGCCUGCGUCUGGUGCAGCUGCACAACGCGGCGGUGCGUAAGUCACGCCGCCGCUUCGGUAUGAUCGGCACGUUCCACACGGACACGCAGAAGCCCUACCGGGCGGCGGACAACAUCCGGUACUGGGCCAAGGCGGCCGAGCUGCGAUGGGAGGUGACGGGCCUCAAGGUCGACGCGCUGGGCAUUGUGUACAACAGUAAGCCCGAGGCGUGGCUCGAGUUCGAGGACGCUGUGCUCCGGUGGUGCAAGCACGUCCGUGAGGAGAUCACUGCAGACCUCGGGAGGCCACCGACAAGGGUGGGCCCGCCCGAGUGGCUGCCCAAGAAGAAGCUCGACACGCCGGAGCCACUGGUCGAGGAGUAA